CUUCGUGUACAAGGCUUGUAAAGCGGAAGUGCACUGGGAGAAACAGACAGGCCAUUUUAUUCAGUAUUGAACUCCAAGCAUUAAUGAUAAGGCUGAAUUAGGGCAGUUUUCCAGAAAGGAUGGCACCAUCGUCACAAGUGGUUUGUAAGCUGGCUGUCAAGAUGAAUGGUAUGUCAGCAUCCAUAUGCUGGUAUGAGGAGUUGGGGAGCAGAGGCUGUUACAGCCUUAGUGAAAGCAGCGCUUAUGUUCAAAUAUGACCCACCGCUGCAUGGCAACCUUAAGCUGCAGUCUACCAUCAUGGUGCCGCUCCAGGAGUUGUCCGUGAUCAACCAGGGCGACGUCAGACAGAAACAGCUGGACUGUGUCCAUCAGAUCCUUCACAACAAUGGUGACACCCUGUCUCACGGCUGGCCUCUCAUCCUGGGUGUCAUCGGCGCCGUCAACAACCAGCAGGGGGAAAAGCUGGUUCAGAUGGCAUUCCAGUCGCUCCAACUCGUGGUGACGGACUUCCUACCCAUAAUCCCCAGCAUCUAUCUGCAGGUGUGUGUGGACGUUGCCGCUAAGUUCGGUCUGCAGAACCAGGAACUCAACGUCAGCCUCACUGCCAUCGGGCUGCUGUGGAACAUCUCAGACUUCUUCUAUCAGAACCGGCAGCGAAUCAAGCAGGAACUGGAUGAGAACCUGUCGGAGUCAGAACGCAAUAAGCUCGGGAUGCUGCCAUUUGAUGCCCUAUGGAUGUGCUUGUUCUCCAAGCUGGGCGACCUGUGCGUGGACCCCAGACCAGCAGUACGCAAGAGCGCUGGCCAGACUCUCUUCUCGACAAUCUCAGCCCAUGGUGCCUUACUUCAGCAAGAGACGUGGAAGAAAGUGUUGUGGCAGGUGCUGUUCCCCCUGCUAGAGAGGGUGCAGAAGUUCUCGAGCAGCGCAUCAACUAUAAAGGAUGAGUUGUCAACCGGCAACAUCCUCAUCCACCACUCGCGUGACACCGCGGAGAAGCAGUGGGCGGAGACGGGCGUCCUCACUCUCGCCGGAGUAGCCAGGACCUUCAACUCCAAGAGGAAAAUAUUGCAACAACUUGGUGACUUCCCCCGAGCCUGGUCCCUACUGCUGGACCACAUAGAAUCCGCAGCAAUGUGCCCCAACGCCGAGGUCUCCCUGGCAGCCCUGAAGAGCUUCCAGGAGAUCCUGAUAAACAGAGAUCCAUCCAAACCCGAGGAUCUCCAGGACCUGACCUCAGACUUCAUCCAGCCUCCUCUGGAGGAGGUCAUCAACCGAACUGGUGAUGUCAAAUCACAUGCCCACACCAAAAACCCAGAAAACACAACCGAAUCAGAAAGUGAUCUGUCUCUCUGGAUGGCCGCCUGGAAGGUCUGGCUAAAUAUAGGUCAGAUCGCAACACAGCCGCCGGAAAACGUGGACAAGUCACAAAAAGUUUACGUCCCUUCUCAACAUUUCCUGACGGCUCUUCUUCAAACGUUUCCAGCUCUUUUCAUGCACAUCAAAAUCCGUUUUGUAACUGCUGACUUACACAAGUUGUCGACAGUGUUGCGACGGGCGCUGUCAGUGCCUGUGCAGGGGGAGGCCUCGCCGUUCAUUAUCCCGACAUAUCCUGACGUCAUCAUUACACCACUACAAGAAACUGCCCUUCAAGUGGUCGAUGUUCUCAUUAGGACUGUGAAGACCGGCCCCGACUCGAUGCAGUCCAUGUACCCGGACAUCUUCAACCAGCUGCUGACCUUCAUCCAGUAUGGAGUCCGAGCACCCAAAUAUGGCGGCAUGGAAACAAAAGCUUUUGGCACAGUCAAGGGUCCACAGGUUGACUGGGUAACGAUGAACUUUGUUCCCUUCUCUGAAAAAGCUGUGGAAAUGGUGGUGGACCUGUAUCGACAGAACGCCAAACACCCAGCCGUCAUCAACGCCCAUGUUCUCCAGAACAUCAUCAAGACAUUCCGCCUGCCCCUUGGGUUGAAGUACAGCUGCCCCGCCCCAUCAACAUGGAUGCUGGUCAUCAACUCCCUCUUCACCAUCCUCAACAUUGGACUCCCCGUUGCCAGGAAACACGAUGCUGCCUUUACUGGGAUGUGGGAGGAUCUGUCGGGGGCAUUUGAGGACUUCCUCUUCUCUAAAAACCCAUCACCACCCACACUGUCGGUCGAGGACUUUCAGCGGGACGAAGCCAUUGAUUGCAAGGUGGUGCAGCUGAUCCGAGACGACAUCCUCCCUUACGCCAACAGCAUGCCACAAGACUUCGUCGUGAAGGUCAUGGACAUCCUCAACAAGGGGUCAAUUCAUUCUGCUACAUCUGAUACUUUCAUAGAUACAGAAUCUAGUCGUAAGCUGCGAGAGGAUUUUGCCAAGACUUGUUUUGAAACCCUUCUCCAGUUCUCCUUCGUCAACAAGAAGUCCGAGUCCGAGGAAGGGUCCAUCACAAAGCUGGCUGUUCUGUCUCUACUACAGAGGUGUCAGGAGGUCGUCAAGAAGUACGUAGAGGAUGAGAGGCUCAGCGGGAAGUGUCCUUUACCCAGGCCAAGACUAGCGGAGAUGUCCUCGGUUCUCAAGGCCAUCACAACAUUGCUCCAGUCUCUCAAGAGGGCUCCAGUCAAAAACAUAGAGGGCAGCGUAUGGCAGCAGGUGAUUCAGUUGUUCCCUUCUCUGGUGGAGUGUACCACCUCGUCCUCCCCACAGGUGUGCAAGGCUCUGAAGGAGGCGCUACACAAGUACCGGGACCUGCUGGCUCCUCCGAACCCCACCGUCCAUAAUGGAAUGUACCAGAAAUAGUGUCACAGUGUCCUAGUGAUGUCUGUAAGAUCUUGUGCCCCUUGACCGAUACAGUUUCAGUCAGAUGUUGAGUCAACAAACCAACUUUUAUAUUGUCUAAAAACAGAAACAAACAGAAAUAAAUCUAUUUCAUGACUGAAAAAUUACUUGCGGUUUGUAAUGUGGAGGUAAUGAUCGAUUGAGUCACAUGCUUUUCUUUAUUUUCUUUGAUUCACAAAUUUACAAGUGUUCUUUGCAUUUGAUAGACAAUUUGGAUAUUAAAGGACCAUAAGCAGAAGCAAAUAUUCAAUUGAUUCAGCAAGCAAAUCUUCUUGGUAUAAGAUCCUUUGGAUUAGUAAGAAUUGAAGUGUUUCAAUCAACAUGUUUUCUGAUCCUGCGAAACUUAUGAAUGAAGAUGACUCAACCUUAUGUUAGAGCAAGGGUAAUCAUCAUAAGACUCUACUGAACUGUUCCGUCAUGGUUCCAAGACAACUGUAACCUAAUCAACUGUCUUUCAUAACUGUAUGACCUUCAAAAUGUACUGCUAGACAAACUUAAGAAAACAGUUUUGGACAGUAUGCGUUUCAAGUGCAAUGGAAGAAUGCAUUUCAUAAAACAGGGCUGCCCGGUGCAUGCCGUGUUCAUGCAGUGUUGACUGAUCCAUAAGCGAGUGGGGUGGUGUGGGGUGUGUGUGUGUUUGGGGUUGGAUAGCCUAGAGGUUAAAGCGUUCGUCACACCGAAGACCCUGGUUCGAUUCCCCACAUGAGUAGUGUGUGAA